CUGUCUCCUCAAUCCACGAGCAGCAGAACUUUGCUACUGCUGAACAGAAGCUCAAGAGUCUCGAAAAACUCGAUGAUGGAGGUGCCGGUGGCUUCAACUGGUUCACCAUGCGCACAAUCCUGACUUCCGGUGCCGGUUUCUUUACUGAUUCUUACGAUGUAUUCAUCAUUAACUUGGUCACUCCUAUGCUUGGCUACGUAUACUACAAAGACAACAACAGCAAAAUGCCCACAGAUAUCGAAGGCAUUAUCAAGGGCAUGGCUUCCGUCGGUACCUUAAUCGGCCAACUUACCUUUGGUUUCUUGAGUGAUAUCUUUGGCCGCAAGAUCUACGGUCUCGAGCUCAUGAUUAUUAUUCUCGGAACUAUCAAUUGUGCUACUUCUGGAUCUGCCGUUCGUGGUGUUUCUGCUAUUGGUUUCCUUGGCUGCUGGCGUUUGCUUCUUGGUAUCGGUGUUGGCGGUGAUUACCCUAUGUCUGCUACUAUUACUUCUGAGUGGUCUUCCGCAGGUCGUCGUGGUAUGAUGAUGGCCCUGAUUUUCUCCAUGCAGGGUAUUGGCAAUCUUGCCGCCGCAAUCGUCACUCUUAUCCUCCUCGCUAUUUUCAAGAAUGCCAUUAACGCCGAUGUCGACAAUCUCGAUUACGUCUGGCGCCUUUGUAUUGGUCUUGGUGCCGUUCCUGCUGUUGCCACCAUCUACCUUCGUUUCACCAUGCCCGAGUCUCCUAGAUACUCUCUCAAUGUAAACCACGAUGUCGAAGCUGCUGCCAUGGCCAAGGGUCAACAGGUUUCAGCAGAACUUGCUAAGCAAUACACCAAGGUUGAAGAAAAGCGCAACCAUUGGGCCGAGUUCACUGCUUACUUUGGUCAGUGGCGCCACUUCAAGGUCCUCCUUGGUACAUCUCUCUCCUGGUUCUUGCUCGAUAUUGCUUUCUACGGUCUUGGUCUCAACAACUCUUAUGUUCUCGCUGCAAUUGGCUACUCAAGAAAACCCACUGCUUUUGAGACUCUCUGGGCAAACACUGUUGGUCAAAUCAUCAUUACCUGUCUUGGCUCCGUCCCUGGUUACUAUCUUACUGUCAUUUUCAUCGAACGUUGGGGUCGGCGUACUAUCCAGAUGAUGGGCUUUGCUGUUACAACCGUUCUGUUUACCAUUCUUGCUGCUGCUUAUUAUCCUCUCCGUGACAACUCCACUCCCGCAUUCAUUUUCCUUUUCACUCUUGCUCAGCUUUUCCAGAACUUUGGUGCCAACAGUACUACUUUCAUUAUCCCCGGUGAAGUCUUCCCUACAAAGGUCCGCUCAUCUGCUCAUGGUAUCUCUGCUGCUUCUGGUAAGGCCGGUGCCAUUAUUGCUGCCUUUGCUUUCAACGUCUUGGUCGAUGUCAACGGUGCUCCUGGAGAGCAUGCUUUCUUGCCCGAGACUCUUGGUAUCUUUGCUGCUGUCAUGUUCUUGGGUCUUGUCGUCACAGUCCUUUGGGUUCCUGAGUCCAUGGGCAAGGAUCUUGAUGAGUUUGAAGAAGACUAUGUCUCACCUGGUUUGGUAGCUGUCUCUGAUCAAACUUCUAUCCAAAACGAAGCCACCCCUACUUCCAAGGCUUAAGAAUAUUUCUUUUGCUAACCUUAUCCUUCAUCCCACCCUUUUUUAAAAAAAACGACACUUUUCUUAUAUCUUGCUCAGCGUUUUGCGAGCCUAAUGAGUCGUUUAUCUACCUCUUUCAUCUAGUUCAUAUCAUUUAAUCCUUCCAUUUAAUUAAUAUAUCUUUCCCUUUUGUAAAUAAUAUAUAAAUAAUUACAAAAAAAUACAUAUCACCAUUGAAAUAAAAAUUAUUUUAUCCAU